AUGUCAAGUGAAUUUCGGGUUGACUCGUUUAUUGUGGGAAAGAUUUUCAAUCCCGGAUAUAGGUCUGUUAGGAGCGUUGAGGAAGUGAGCAUUCGAUUUAUCAAUAAUUCUAACGAUACUGUUGAUCUUUGCUGGAUUGAUUUCCAAGGUAAUUUAGUUUAUUAUUUGAAGCUCAACUCACGUGAAGUAGUGAAAUUAACCACAUUUAUUGGACAUUAUUGGGUAGCACGAUUUAUACGAAACGGUGCAACUGCACAGUUUUUACCUGAUCGUACUGAAGUUUUUGCUAUCACUAAGCGUCUCUAUCAUACAGGAAUUGUUUUCAUCACUCAAAAAGUGCCUACGUUGUUUGAAGCAGCUGUUGAGCAUAUCGGAGAACUAUUUCACAAACAGCAGUACGCUUUGUAUUGGCUUCCUGUCCCAAAGCUUGUAAAGGUUAGCCUUUUCUGUUUUGAAUUUAUAUUUCGAUAUGUAUAA